AUGGCUUCAGAUGCGCAAGAUGACGAUCGAUCCGACCUUGAGACCGGUCCCUUCGUGCUGCGCACGUUGCUAAAAGAUGUCCCGCUCUCUGGAGACGGCGCAAAGGAUGACGACGUCAAGAUCAAUUGCGUGGAGUACCUAGACGGGAACCUCUACGUUGGCACCUCCGCUUCAGAGCUUAUCCAUUUCGUUCAGAUCCCCGCUGAUCCCUCCGAUGACUCUGCCACGCCCGUCUUCGUUCAAGCCUCGAGGCUUCAGCCAGCUUAUGCCGAAACCUCGAGCUCCUCUAGUAGCCCAAAGCCUGGCAUACAGCAAAUUCUACUUCUGCCUCGAGUCGGCAAGGCAUGCAUAUUAUGUAACGGGACAGUAACCUUUUAUUCACUACCCGAAUUGAGCCCAGUUUUCAACAAUACGCAAGUCAAGAAUUGCAAUUGGAUAGGCGGCAUCGACUUGAAUGAGCUGCAGGGUGACCAUGAAAACGCAGAGGGUGUAGGAGUGACGAUUUUGCUUUCUCUGAACCGCCGUAUACAAGUCGUCAGGAUCGGCGAGGAUGCUCGAGGCAUCAAGAGAAUCGACAUCCCCGGGACAUCCCUGACGGUCAGGCGCGAUACAAUUGCAUGUGUGGCGGACUCUCGAAAUUACUCUUUGCUGGAGAUUGAGCGCCAACUCAAGAUCCCGCUCAUGUCCAUUUCAUCCUUGGAUGAUGCUCAGCCUGCUGUGGGCCAAAUGCAAGACGUCUCUGGCGGCAAUGACGGACCUGGCAUCACUAGAAGCGCCUCGUCUGCUAGCCGCCCACAAUCCGGCCUUCAAGAAUCCCAUCAACACCGUAGGGGCACUAGUUUGGGUAACUUGAUAAGUGGAAAUAGGAGACAAGAGCAGCCUCAAGUUGAGCAAGAAGAAUCAGUCUUUCAGGAACCACCUGAAUCCAGAGGCAGCCCUGCACCCCCUGAACAGAUACAGAGUAGGGAUGGAACGCCACAACCCCAGGCCGAGGGAUUACCACGACCAGCACCCACUCCAAAGCCUCGGGACGUUCUCCUGAAACCCCACAUUGUGUCGCCAACACCUGAAGAAUUUCUGCUUGUUACCGGAACUGGCCCUUCGGAGCCAGGGAUAGGUAUGUUCGUGAACCUCGAUGGAGAUCCUACGAGGCCCACUGUCGAGUUUGAUCGAUAUCCAAAGGAGAUUGUUGUUGAUGGCGGCGCUUCGGAUCUAUCGUCCUCGCGGCCUAGCGUGGACGAAGACGAUGAGGGAUACGUACUUGCUUCCAUGGACCGGGAAUUUGAGGAUGGCUUACACAAUGGCCUGGAGAUUCAAAGAUGGGACAGCGAUGGAUCAGAGGCGGAACCGACAAGGUAUUGGCUCGAGCCGCCAGGAAUGCGUUCGCCAUCUCAAGCGAUAGGCAUCAGAUCUCUUCGCGGUUCCAAUGAAACGCACUUCCAGGAAAUCGUCGACAAGCUUUCUCAACAAAGAUUCAAGCCAUUCUCCCAGGGUCUGGAGGCAUCCACCAUGUCGCUUGGAAGCCUGGAUUCCAGGACCGCAUUGACGAUGGAGCGUGUCUCAAAGGAAAAGGAGCUGUUUGAAAGGGAUAAUGACUCCCCCGAUGACGAAACUUUACCUUCAGGAUGGGAGAACAACCGCUUAGAUGAAGAAAAAGAGUUUGCUCGAAGGCUAGCUGGCACUACAGCUCGGCUCGCUGUUUGGUCAGGAGAUCACAUAUGGUGGGCUCUGCGCAACCCUCUAAUCCUGCAGCUGGAUACUCAACUCAAGAGCGUAUCGAAAUCCUCCAUCAACACCGUUGCCGAGCGACGAGAACUGUUCAGUCUACUAAACUCUUUUCGUGGCCGCGACGCGAGAUCCGAGCUGGAAUUCCUUACUUUCAAUUAUAUGAGACAAAGAACCGGUAUUCUAUUGCUGACAAGUUUCCUGCAACCAAAUAAGGAGCCCUUUGGUGAAUCAGAGCUUCGUGCACUUGAGGAAGUUCUGGUCGAUAGUCUUCUUGACCCACGGGUUGUGCUGUCAUUAAUCCCCGGCGUCCGCAAUGAAGUAAUAGAGACUCGCAAAGGUAUUUGGAUCUUUGGCGGUGUAAAACAGGAAGCCGACGCUUACAUUGCGACCGACGCCUUUGACAAGGGCAGAUCUGGUGUCAAUGUCCUGCCUGCUUCGGUACUGCAGUUCCUGAAGCGCUUUCUCACGGCAUGGAGGAAAAAGAAGGGAUUCGGCAGCAUUCCUGAUGAAAAUGAAGUCUUUCGAACAGUCGAUGCUGCGCUUCUCGCCGUGUUGCUCGAACUAGAUCAGCAUUCGCCACCGGGUCUGGCAAGAGGCAAGUCAACACGCUCCGAGCUAUACGAUCUGGUGGACAAUGGAGUCGACUGUUUUGAAAGGGCGGAAACAUUGAUAGAGUCAUAUCGUCGGCUUUUUGUCCUCAGCCGCCUGUACCAAAGCCGCAGGAUGGCUGAAGAGGUACUCACGACAUGGCGCCGAAUUGUUGAAGGAGAAGAAGACGCCGGUGGAGAAUUCCGCGAUGGAGAACAGCGCAUUCGAGAGUAUCUAACAAAAAUCAGCAAUCAAGCCCUGGUGCGCGAGUACGGUCUCUGGCUUGCAAAUCGCAAUCCAAAACUCGGCGUUCAAGUCUUCGCCGAAGAAAAGGGGCGUGCACCAAAGUUCGAACCCACACAGGUUGUCGAAAUUCUUCGUGCGGAAGCUCCAGAUGCUGUCAAGUACUACCUAGAAUAUCUGGUAUUUGGCCAAGGACACACUAUCCAUGUCAACGAGCUCAUCACGUACUAUCUGGAUAUCGUCAUUACUCAUCUUGAAUCCUCCUCGGAGGCUCGCGAGGUUUUUGUGGCGACAUAUGCUGCUUAUCGAGCUUUGCGCCCACUAAAGCCUACCUACAGGCAAUUUCUAACAGAGAAUGCCCCAGAAGACGAUGAAGUCUGGCAAAGCCGGCUACGUCUACUGCAACUGCUGGGCGGACAGUAUGAUUAUGAUUUGGCUGCGAUUAGAAGUCGUAUUGCCGGCCUAGAGGCUACUGCUCCAGAUCUCCUUGUUCCGGAAACCAUCAUUCUGGAUGGGCGAGAGCGUAAGCAUGAAGAUGCCUUGCGAUUACUCGUGCAUCAUCUGGGUGACUACGAUACUGCAGUGGCGUAUUGCCUCCGAGGCGGCUCCAGUAUAUAUAGUAUCUACCAAACCACACCACCGUCUCCUCAUCCCACAGCGCCGGACAGCACAAAGGCGCCAAAGAGAAGAGACAGUGCGCCCCCCACAGAAAAUGAGCAGGCAAGGCUCUUCCGUGCUCUACUCGGCGAGUUCCUGGAGAUUGAAGAUGUCAGUGACCGUGUAGAGCAGACGGGGAUGAUGCUUGAGCGGUUUGGUGGCUGGUUCGAUGUGGACGAGGUCUUGAGUCUUAUUCCUGAUACUUGGAGUGUGGACCUGGUUGCUGGUUUCUUGGUCAGGGCAUUACGGAGGAUGGUUGUAGAGAAGAACGAGACCACGGUUGCGAGAGCAUUAUCAAGUAGCCAGUACCUCAAAGUCCAGCAUGAUCUGGUCACCAAGAUAGAGGAGAAAGGCCCGACUUUUGAGGGUGAAUAG